AAGAACAGCCGCGGCGCCACUAUGCUGACAAGAGGAUCAAGGUGGCAAAGCCAGUGGUGGAGAUGGACGGCGAUGAGAUGACCCGCAUUAUCUGGCAGUUCAUCAAGGAGAAGCUUAUCCUGCCCCAUGUGGACGUCCAGCUCAAGUACUUUGACCUCGGGCUCCCACACCGUGACCAGACCAACGACCAGGUCACCAUUGACUCUGCGCUGGCCACCCAGAAGUACAGUGUAGCUGUCAAGUGUGCCACCAUAACCCCCGAUGAGGCCCGUGUGGAAGAAUUCAACCUGAAAAAGAUGUGGAAGAGUCCCAAUGGAACCAUCCGGAACAUCCUCGGAGGGACUGUCUUUCGGGAGCCCAUCAUUUGCAAAAACAUCCCACGCCUUGUCCCUGGCUGGACCAAACCCAUCACCAUUGGCAGGCAUGCCCAUGGCGACCAGUACAAGGCCACAGACUUCGUGGUGGACCGGGCUGGCAAGUUCAAGUUGGUCUUCACCCCAAAGGAUGGCAGCAGUGCCAAGGAGUGGGAGGUGUACAACUUCCCUGCAGGCGGCGUGGGCAUGGGCAUGUACAACACCGAUGAGUCCAUCUCAGGCUUUGCGCACAGCUGUUUCCAGUACGCCAUCCAGAAGAAGUGGCCCCUGUACAUGAGCACCAAGAACACCAUUCUAAAAGCCUACGACGGGCGUUUCAAGGAUAUCUUCCAGGAGAUCUUUGACAAGCACUACAAGACCGACUUUGACAAGAACAAGAUCUGGUACGAGCACCGGCUCAUUGAUGACAUGGUGGCUCAGGUCCUCAAGUCCUCCGGCGGCUUUGUGUGGGCCUGCAAGAACUACGAUGGAGACGUGCAGUCCGACAUCCUGGCCCAGGGAUUUGGCUCCCUGGGCCUGAUGACGUCUGUGCUGGUCUGCCCAGACGGGAAGACCAUCGAGGCUGAGGCUGCUCAUGGGACAGUCACCCGCCACUAUCGGGAGCACCAGAAGGGCCGGCCUACCAGCACCAACCCCAUCGCCAGCAUCUUUGCUUGGACGCGCGGCCUGGAGCACCGGGGGAAGCUGGAUGGGAACCAGGAACUCAUCAGGUUUGCCCAGACCCUGGAAAAGGUGUGCGUGGAGACCGUGGAGAGCGGGGCCAUGACCAAGGACCUGGCGGGCUGCAUCCACGGCCUCAGCAACGUGAAGCUGAACGAGCACUUCCUGAAUACCACCGACUUCCUGGACACCAUCAAGAGCAACCUGGACAGAGCUCUGGGCAAGCAGUAGGGCGCUGCGCCCCCUGGCGGCCGGCGGCGGCCCCGCCGGGAGGGUGAGCCACGCAGCCCCUCUCUGGAGGCCUUCCCGGGGACGUUUUUUUUUAAAAAUAUAAGCAAGGUGUUUUUACAACGUGCGUCUCCCUUCAUGGCGACGUGCGGCAGGAAGUGUGUCUUACCUCAGCCGGUCAGUAUGUUCUGCAUACUGUAAUUUAUAUUGCUCUCGGAACACGUGGUGCCAUAUUUAGUUACUAAAAGCUCUUCACAAAACCGA